AUGUCGAGCACUAAACGUCGCCGCCUGGAACGGUCUAACGAAUUCACCUCGCAUGAGGACGAAAUCGCUGCCCAGUCACAAAAGAUUCAGGAUCUACGCGCAAAGCUCAGCAAUGUUCAAACCCUAGGUCAGCACGGUCUUGAAGCCGCGAAGCAUCAGGUCGAGAUGUCCAAAGUUCAACAGGAAUGUGCAUUCGUGGAGCACCAGUUCGCCAUAUCCACUCUCGAGCAGGAAAUCAAAGCCGCAGAGCACAAGCUUGAAAUCACCAAUCUCAAGCACGAGCUUGGUGCGGUGAAGCAGGAUCUCGACUCUGCGCGUGAGGAAUUAGUUGCGCAACGAUUGGAUGCUGCUAAACUGACGCAUCCUGAGCUUGAGAACCAAUCUUCAAUAUUGAACACGACUCAAGACUUGAUUGCACCACGCAAAGGUCUAACGAGGAAGAAAUCCAUGCCGCUAUGA